AUGUCUUUGCAAUACGUAAAAAUAUAUUACGGGCCCUACGAUGCAUUUCAUACAGUGUCACACAAACCUCAAAAAUUAAGAGGACUUAAAGAUCGUCUUCAAAAACUAGGUUAUCGCAUCGAUCUGGUCCCUGUGGAAUAUAUUAACUACUGCAUGCUGGAGAUGUGUGGCCAUGAGGUAUUUAGAUGUAACAUUCAGAACCUUCAAUUUAAUACUCCGGUCGACUCAGACCCUGUUGGCGAGCGUGCCGUCCAAGCAGUGGUCGACGCGUCAGCAAAAUUCCUAAGAGCACGAAGCUACUUAUGGUUCUGGGCUUUGAUAGAGAACCAACUAUUUAGGAGGAGUGAGUACGCACCGAAAGACCACUGGCCUUUCGACGUGGACUUGGAAAGUUUUGAGACGUGCUUGCAAUGUCCGGCUUGUGCAAGCUUGAAAAACCAAAAUUAA